AUUACUAAUGACGUGGUUAGUGAGAUUCUAUAGGUCUAUCCUGUUUUAAACAGUACCGUUCCGUUGUAGGACGUUUAUGCCAUAACCAACGUCUUAUAAUGGGUAAUUUAUUCACUUUUUUCAAACACAAGUAUUCUACUUUGGAAAAAUUAGAAAGUCUCGAAAAGGAAAUUCAAUAUUUAGAAAAGAACCAUGAAAAAUAUAUAAGGAGGGAGAGAGCCAUAGUGUUCUACUUAAUUGCCUAUUCCGUUGUUAUAUAUGUUACAACAGCAUCACUAUUAUGUAUUUUCUACUUUCCAAAAGAGUGGAAGAAACGUUUAACAUACUUGGCUCCAUUCGUAAUCUUUCCUGUAUUGAUAUGGUUUAUAAAACGUUUCCUAAACUGGUAUUUCAUUCGUCGAGUAACGUUUACGGAUAGAUCCCUUAAAAAGCGAAAAGAAGAGAAGCAGAAAAUUCUAGAAGAAGUUAAAGAAAAGGAAACCUAUAAAAGGGCGAAAGAGAUUUUGGAAAAAUACGAUCCAGACUCUGUUCCAUCUAUUGAAUUACCUGCAUCAACUCCAGUUAAGAAAUUGAUAGAUUAUGACGGUCAAGAAUUAAGAAAGAGGAGUAAAAGCGUUGAUCAAUCUACACCUUCAAAACCGUCUCCUAAUGAAACACCACAGUUACAUUCGAGUGAAGAAAGUGAAGUGGAAAAAUCAAAUGUCGGCGAUGCUCAAUCAAAACCUCCUCUGCCUCCAAACUGUACUACGCCAAUUAAAGCCAAACCUAUACCUGCUGCAUUUUGCCCCCCACCACACCAAGUACCACUUCCAAGACCAAUACUUCCAAGAGAAAGAUCAAGUAUAGAAAGAGUUAUGGAGUGGAUAGUUGGUGACGGCCCUCAAAAUCGAUAUGCUUUAAUUUGUAAAAAGUGCAUUUCUCAUAAUGGAAUGGCUUUAAAAGAAGAAUUUGAAUAUAUAUCUUUCAGAUGUUGCUACUGUUUUUAUAUGAAUGAAGCAAGAAAAAAGCAAAUGCACAUUCCUAGGAAACUAGAACCUACCGAAGCCAGCGUUCACGAUAAAAACACUAAUAUAAAAGAAAAGAAAGAAGAUCAAAUUGAAAAGAAAUCAAGCGCUAUAGAAACUUGA